AUGGCUACCGACCACAUUUCAAAGCCUAGCGAUCCUGAUGCGAUCAUUCUUGAAGCUUGGGGCCAGGGCCUGAUGGUGGGGAGCCUGCUCAUCAUGGCCGCUAUCACCUUGGCCAACAUGAAGUCGCAUAUCCUCCUCCAUAAGCUGAUUUUCGCCGAGCUUAUCCUCGGAAUGGCCCAUGGUACUUUUAUUUUCCCGCAUGAGCCUGUCUAUGGCUGGUAUCUUUCCGCAACCGCGAUCGGUCUCAACAUAUCCUGGGCCCUACACAAUGUCAUCGCAUGGAUGAAGAACCGCCCCUUCCUCUCGCGGAGAGUUUCCAUUAUCUACAUUACCACCGUUAUCCUGUGCUGGCCCUAUUGGGGACUAGAGAUCUAUGCGAAUUUCACAUACUUCAACAAUAUCAACAAGAUUUUCUUGACCACCAGACCAAUGGAGCCUUUGUUCCGGGACCCGUGGUGGAUCUUCACAACCGCCAGUCUGUUCUGGACGAUCAAGCGCGAAUACAAUUUCGGACUCUGGGAGUUAGUGAUCGUCAGCCCACGAUUCGGAAUCAUGCUCGCAUCCAUGUGUCUGUCAAUCAUCUUUAUGGUCGUCGAUACUUGCAGCGUCUUGAAUGCCUUUCCUAGCAUGCUUCCAACCGGCGUCGAGCCGUUUUGGAAACUAUCCUUCAUCUUCAAAUGCCUCUGCGACACAGUCAUUCUCGAUGACUUCAAGACUGCGCUUGAUAAUUUACGCAUGCACUGGAUGCGCAAGAAGAACGGCGAGUUGUUCGUCACUCCAGUCUCCAGCCCACACGCCUACCGAGUGCGCGGGGAUGUCGAGGAUCCUCACUCCCUCGUCAGUCCAACUAAAGGUUCCUACACCCAGGCGGUGCAUAUGGACAGAGUUGCAACUGCGGACAAUAUCUCCGAAACCUCACUGCGGCGGACAUGA